GCGGCGGCGGCGGCGGCGGCGGCGGCGGCGCUCGGGAGGAAGUGCCGGUGGGCUGCGAGGGCGGAAGCGGGGGCGCCGGUCGCUGGAGCCGCUCUGGCUCCCGCGCCUCCCGCUGAGGACCCGGGGGCCCGCCCCUGCCUUCCGUCCUUUCGGGAUGGACGAGGAGAGCCUGCAGACCGCCCUCCAGACCUACGACGCCCAGCUGCAGCAGGUGGAGCUGGCUCUGGGUGCCGGCCUGGAUCCCUCCGAGCUGGCCGACUUGCGCCAGCUGCAGGGGAACCUGAAGGAGCUCAUCGAGCUCACCGAGGCCAGCCUGGUAUCUGUCAGGAAGAGCAAGGUGCUGGCCGCACUGGAUGGAGAGCACCCGGCCCAGGACGAUGCUGAGUACCUGGCUUUCCAGAAGGCCAUUGCUGAAGGGGUGGAGGUGCCUGUAGCCCCCGGGACAGAGCUGGAGACCGUUCCUGAACGAGAGGCAAAGCCAGAACCCAGCGGGCCUGGGCAGGAGGAGGAAGAGGGGGAGGACGAGGAGGAGGAGUGGAGUGGGAGGAAGGUGAACGCGCCCUACUACAGCUCCUGGGGCACCCUGGAGUAUCACAACGCUAUGAUUGUGGGCACGGAAGAGGCCGACGAUGGCUCCAUGGGCGUCCGGGUGCUGUACCUCUACCCCACUCACAAGUCCUUGAAGCCCUGCCCGUUCUUCCUGGAGGGAAAGUGCCGCUUCCAGGAGAACUGCAGGUUCUCCCAUGGGCAAGUGGUCUCUGUGGACGAGCUGCGCCCCUUCCAGGACCCAGACCUGAGCUCCCUCCAGGCCGGCUCUGCAUGUCUGGCCAAGCAGCAGGACGGCCUCUGGUACCCGGCUCGGAUAACCGAUGUGGAUAACGGCUACUACACAGUCAGGUUUGACUCACUGCUGCUGAAGGAGGCCGUGGUGGAGGGGGACGGCAUCCUGCCCCCACUGCGCACGGACCCCGCAGGGUCCUCGGACUCUGACAGUGGCGACGCGGAUGACCCAAGCUAUGCCAGAGUGGUGGAACCGGGUGCUGCCGACCACGGGACCUGCAGCUCCGCUUUUGCUGGCUGGGAGGUGCACACACGGGGCAUUGGCUCCAGACUCCUGGCCAAGAUGGGCUACGAGUUUGGCAAGGGUUUGGGCCGACAUGCAGAGGGCCGGGUGGAGCCCAUCCAUGCUGUGGUGCUUCCUCGAGGGAAGUCGCUGGACCAGUGCGCAGAGAUCCUACAGGAGAGGACCAAGGGCAGCACGCCUGGAACCCGGAGGCCCCCGAGAUGCCGGGGGAGCAGGGGUGGGCGUCCUCCCCCUCGUAGUGUGUUUGACUUUCUGAACGAAAAGCUGCAGUGCCGGGCCCCUGGGGCCCUGGAGGCUAAGGGCCCCCCCCCAGGGAGGAGGAGCGGCAAGGAAAUAUACCAUGCCAGCAAGAGCGCCAAGCGGGCCCUGAGCCUGCAGCUCUUCCAGACUGAGAAGAAGAUCGAGCAAACCCAGCGGGACAUCCAGGGCAUCCAGAAGGCCCUCGCCCGAAACACCGGCCGGCACAGUGUGACGGCAGCCCAGCUGCAGGAGAGGCUGAUGGGAGCCCAGCGGGAGCUGGGGCAGCUCCAGGCCCAGGAGGCAGGCCUGCAGCGCGAGCAGAGGAAAGCAGACACCCACAAGAAGAUGACUGAGUUCUAGAGCCCCUGUGCACGCAGUGGACAGAGCUCAGGGCCCCCAGCUCCUGGCUGCCCUCUGGAAGACUAGCUGUCACCCAGCAACUAGAUGCUACUGGAAGAGGGGCCCCUGCUCCCAGCCUAGCCCCCAUGGCCAGCCUUCUCCCUGGCCCAGGGCAUGUGGACACUGCUGAAUGGAGAUGGGGCUGCAGGGGUCACGUCUGGACACUUAACUUGCCCGUUGAGCCCACCUGCCAGUGUCUUAGGGGGUCUCCUUUGCAAAGACAUUAAAGUGAUCGUGUUGU